GAGUCUUCCACCGAAUCAUUGAACAGGGACGCCGGUGAUUAUAUUUUUUCAUGCCGUCGGCGCUCAAACAUUCCUCAAAAGGUCAGUGAUGCAGACGUCGUUUCCCCGGUCGGAAAAUGGUAACAACUUGAGAUAGCGGUCUUUCAUUGCUCUCUCAUGGGAUACCAUACUUUUAUGACAUGGUCUCACACUAGCAUGCUCAAGUACUCAUACUGCGAUCGGUAAAUGCUAUCAUUAGCAUCAGGAACGACUGCCAGUGCACCUCCGAUUUGAAAGCAUUGUGUGUAUGAAGAAAUCGAAGCUUGACCGCGCCUGUCGAUUGACAGACCCCAUGUUCUUAUUGAUAUGGGGGCGUUUUCUCAAAUUCAUAUAUAAAGGACCGUCGACGUCGACCCCAAGACCCCCAACCUCUCAUUCAUCGUCUCGCACAUCAUCUAACAAUGCCAGAGCUCGGUACAAAGGUAAUCAUCGUAGGCUGUGCAAUCGCGGGCCCCGUGUUGGCCAUGUUCCUUUUGGGACAAGGCUACGUCCCCGUCGUUUACGAACGUCUAGAUGCAUUGACAGAAGGGGGUGUGAGCCUGAUGUUGCAACCUAAUGGCCUUCGGGUACUAGCCCAGAUUCCAGGUCUGGAGGAGUCCCUCGAAGGAGGAGCUAUUGCUAGGAUCCUUUUCGAGUCUGUUGUCCCCGAGGAUAAAGGUGUUCUUAGCGAAAGCUAUGUUCUAGGCAAGCUGAAAGAAGAGCUUGGCUUUGGCUUGCUUGGCGUAGCGAGGUCUUCUUUCCAUCGCAAGCUUGUUGAAGCAGCAGAGCAACGCGGCAUCAAGAUUAUCUGGGGUCACCAGCUCAUUGACCUGGAACAACAUGAGGAUCAUGUCACUGUCACCUUCCAGAAUGGUAAUACCGACACUGCAAGUUUCGUAGUGGGUUGCGACGGACUUCAUAGCAACACUAGGAUUUGUUUGUUCGGAAAGGAACAAGCUGAUUUUACCGGUUUGGUUCAGAUUGGAGGCGCCUCUCCCGCUCCUCCUGGCCGUCCAUUUGAGCUGCCCACCAUGCUGAGCGUUUUUGGCAAUGGUGAACAUUUCAUCGCAUAUGCUGUUAGCGAUAACCGUUAUUCAUGGGCGGGCACCCGUCGGGAGCCUGAAGCAAAGGAAACGUGGAAGGCUAUGGACAAGGAUGCCCAAGAAGACUUCAAAAAGAAUUCGAGUUAUUCCUCCUGGGGUGCCGGCGUCGGGGAUCUUGUCCGCAAUGCUGAUAAGGUUGUGAAGUACGGUUUGUACGAUCGCCCCGAACUCACGACAUGGCAUUCCGGAAGAGUCAUUCUGAUCGGGGAUGCUGCGCAUCCGACUAGUCCGCAUCUUGGACAAGGGGCCAACCAAGCAUUUGAGGAUGUGGCGCUUCUGAGCAAACUGCUGAAGGAGCAUAACCCUCACGCCAAUCCACCGUCGACGGAGACUCUUAGCAAAGUAUUCACAGAGCUCGAGAAAGUACGCAUUCCUCGGUCAGCUGCUCUUGUCGCGGGCGCGCGCAAAUCGGGGGAGACUAGAGUUGUUGCCGGCGUUGAAGAAUGUAAGAAACGGAAUGAUUACUAUCGCGAGAGUUGGAAGGAUGAUGAAACGAUCAUGAGGAACCACCGCGCCGUGUACGCUGCCCAGUAGAAUGCCGUAGAUUGGCAUGGGAUGACUUCGAGCGCAACAUUCAUGCCGUAGUUAACUAGAUACUAUUGAUGGAAGCGUACUGUAAUAAAAUUUGCGAGCUCAAGUGUACGAUUGCUAGACAAAUGAACAUAUGCAAGCGACUCACUCGGAGUGUUCGGAAUCCCUU